AAUAUUCCCGGAAAUCAUAAUUAUUUUGUUGUUAUCCUUUGGUCGUUAAUUCUUUGUUUAGCAAAAUUUUUUUGCUACGCAUUUGUUUUCAUUCAAAUUUUUUGUUAUUGUUGAAAAAAUGGGUGAAAUUAAUGAUGAAAUUAUCGAUGAAAAACCUCCUUUUUAUAAUUCAAUGGAAUUUCCAAACAAUGGUUUCGCUAUUCAACCAUCCAUAGCAUCAACAUCCACAGCAAACGAAUCUGAAACAAAAAAUAAAGAUGUAAAAGGAAAAGUUCGUAAAUCGAAAAAUAAAUCAUCAAAUAUGCAAAAAGUUGAUACCAAUGCUAAAUUAGAACGAAGUCGACAAAGUGCUCGUGAAUGUCGUGCUCGUAAAAAACUUCGUUAUCAAUAUCUGGAAGAUUUGGUAAAUAAACGUGAACAUGCAAAUAUUCGUCUGAUGAAAGAAUUUGAUCAGUUACAGGGAAUUGUUUCAUUGUUAUCAUCUGAUCAAUAUCACUUGGAAACUGUACGAGAAAAAUAUAAAUCAAUUCAACCGCCAAAACAAUAAAUUAUUCUAAUAUAAAAAAUACAUUUCAUUUUAUUUUGUUUCGUUUUGAAAUUUAUCUAUUUUAUUGUUUCAUCAUUUAUAGUUAUUAUUUGGAAAAAAUAAAGAUUUAAUAUAUAUAAAAAAUAUGAUCAUGAA